CGGAAUGUAAACACAGGACCCGGGGAAUGGUCAUCAGAAUGGCUUCCUUUGGAUGGAAAAGGAAGAUUGGUGAGAAGGUCUCAAAGGUCACUUCCCAGCAGUUUGAAGCUGAAGCUGCUGAUGAGAAGGAUGCAGUUGAGAAUGAUGAAGGGAACUGGCUUCAUGCCAUUAAACGGAGGAAAAAAAUUCUCCUUGAAGGCUGUGCUGAGAAAAGUAAACAACUGAAGGACGAAGGAGCCACUUUGACUGAAAAUAAAAGAUACCGAGAGGCGAUUCAGAAGUGGGAUGAAGCACUACAGUUAACCCCAAAUGAUGCUACCAUGUAUGAGAUGAAAUCACAGGUCCUAAUGUCUCUUCAUGAAACGUUCCCAGCAGUUAAUGUUGCGGAAAUGGCUGUCCAGAGAAAUCCACAUUCAUGGGAAUCUUGGCAAACUUUGGGACGUGCUCAGCUUGGAUUAGGAGAGAUAGUCUUGGCAAUUCGAAGUUUUCAAGUAGCCCUUCACAUCUAUCCAAUGAACCCUGAAAUAUGGAAAGAAGACCUUUCUUGGGCAAGAACGCUCCAGGAGCAGCAGAAGGUAGCACAGAGGAUUAAACAAAGUGAAGCACCAGCAGAGGUAACACAGUUCUCACCAAAGUCAAUUCCUGAGUAUGACUUUGAAAGUGAGGAGAUUGUAGCUGUUUGUGCAGCUAUUGCUGAAAAACAGAAGACAGUUGAAGCAAAUAAAACAAUGGUUAUUGUGUCAGCUUCUGGGACUGUAGAGACUGUGACUGAGAAGGAAGAUGGUGCUGCUCCACCAGAUGGCUCUGUUUUUAUCAAAGCCCGAUGAAGCUUAGCAGGAAUCAUUUGAAUCUAUCUUUGCCACCUAAAUUUUAGCCAUUGGGGCAUUUAGAGAAACAGGGCAAAACUCCUGUUUGUAAAAUAAGUGUUUCAGAUGAGGCAUAUA